UGGACCUACUUCUUCGUUGGGUCCGCUGAGUUCGUCUUUCAGCGUAAGUGACGCGGCGUCUGAGCUUUUCUUCGACAGCAAGCAGUGUUAGUGACAGCAAUAGCUUUGGAAAGCGGGAUCAAGUACAGAUAUCUGACUUUGCUUUUCGUCGUGAAGCUACUGGCAUUGUAGGCGGACAAUGUUUCUUUGCUAUAUAUGAUAUCUGGCAUGUUAUCUUCUGCACCUGUUUUUGAGGUUGCAUUAGACAUGGUCAUGUGCAUCACUUACGAUCCGUUCUCAGGCUAUGGAAGAGCUAGGUACCCUGACUAUAUAAAGUCUUCGGCUUUCACAUCUGUAUCAUGACCAUCAAUCUAGUUCCUCUAUCCCUCCCUGCGUCUGCAGAUACAGCCAAACUGAAUGACUUUGGACGAGAAGUCAAAGGUCUCCACCCAGCCCAUCUUGCAACCUCAUACGGACAAGUCAAAGAGGCGCUCUACACGCACGGGGCGCUCCUGUUUCGCAACGUUGACCUAACCCCAGAGGAGAUACGCGAUCUGGUCAAGGCCUUCGACCCCGACUCCACUGCCUACGGACAUGGCAACAGCAAGGUCGACCAAACCAAAACCUCCAUCCUCCACUCGUACCUCAAAACGAUUCCGCGUGUCCCACAGGUGCAGCUCAUCGGGAACGGGAUUGUCCGGGACCACGAAGGUAUCCCCGAAGCGGUGCUCAAACAUGCGCACCAUUCGAGCUUUCACAAGACACGUGUGUCCGAUGAGGACGAGGCGCGAGGGGUCACUAGGUUCUUUCGUUGGCAUAUGGACGCGGCUUUGUACGAUCUCGAUCCGCCAAAGGUGACGGCGCUAUAUGGGAUUCGAGUGCCCAAGGGCCCGAACCAAGUUGUGAGGUAUGACGAUAGGAGUGGGGAUGAGCUGGUGGUUCCGUUAGGAACUACGGCCUUCGUGUCGGGGAAGGUGAUGUUCGAUAUUCUCCCGCCGGAGAUGAAGAGCGUUGCGGUGAGAGCGAAGGCUAAAUAUGCGCCCAAGCCUUUUGAGUGGAUGAAGGAAGCGCGCGCGGUAGAGACGGGGCUCGGAUUGGAGUCGGAAGGGUAUGAGAAGAGCAUGGAGGAAUUGGACUGGGACAAAGAAAAGAUAAAGAUCUAUCCGUUUCUCUGGAAAAAUCCGAUGACGGGAGAUCUACACCUCGAGGUUCAUCCCUGUGCGAUCAUGGAGAUCUAUCUUGAUCCAGUACCUGAAAAUGCAAGACGAGAGGGUGUGUUGUACCCAAACGGCGCUCAUAUAACAGAUUUGAAGGAAGUGAGAAAACUGUGUCAUGAGAUGCAGCGGCCUGGUAUUGCACCAAAACUGGUCUAUCCACAUGCCUGGCAAGAAAAAGAUUUGAUGCUCUUCCAUAAUCGCGGUGUUAUGCAUUCUGUGGUAGGUGUCUUUGGACAAGAUCAAGUACGCGUCUUCCACCAGUGCAAUCUUGCUGCGUCGGACACGCCAGAUGGACCAAACGAUGAGGAUAUCAUGAAGUGGAUGUGAUUCAUAGAGAGACAUAGAUUGUUGGAAAUCCUCGGUGUUGCGCAGGGUAGACUCCAGGCUGGUAAGGCCAGAU